AGCCUGUAGAAGUAAGUUAGAUGUACCUUAUCAAUUAGAAUCGUGUCUUUGAUUUCAUCAGCACCACUUUGCCAUCUCUAAGAUGUGAUAUAAUAGUAUUAAUUGUGUAAAAGUAACAUAUGGCAGACAUUUGACUGUUUUCCUUGAGACUCUACUUCAAAGACCCUCAUACUCUCAUAGCCUAAACUCCGAGCUAGUUAGCGUUUCAUCCUUGUUCCGACAUCCAGUAUGCGUCCUCAGGCCAAACCUGACUCAGACAAGUCACAAAAUGUAGAGUUUAGGAACAGGACAGUAACAGGAACAGUAGGAUCAGGAUACAAAAAGGUUCAGAUUAAAGUAGACUCAAAACUGUGAUAAAAAAACACUAGAACCUUUAAAACGAAAACUACAGUAGAAGAUCGGGAGUGGAUGGAUAUCUUUUAUAAUUUCACUAGAAGAUCGGGAGUUAUCAUGUCAUUGGUUUUUUUACUUUGAUUUUUCGACUCAGGCUGUAUCCAGAAGUUUCUUUGUAAUUUAAUCAUUUGUUGGAGCUAGUUGAGUUCACUAUGUUGUGGUAGAGGUUUCACAGUUGCAUUAUAUUAUCAAAAUUAAGUUAUUCCACAGACUGGCUCUCUCAUUUUCUGGCAAUCUGGACUAGUUCCUUUUGGGGUCCAUUGAGGGUUCUGCUUUUCUCAUCCUGGGAAAAAAGAGUAAAAGACAGUUUGAUGACUCAUCAAACUUUUCAGUAGUGGAAGAUACUUUCGUGAAUUAUGUGAUUCGCUUUAACUAAAAAAAUAGAAAAAACACCUAAAGUGUCCUCCAAUUAUCUGUUCAGUGACAUCAGUCUAUGAAAUUUAAGGGCUAUUUAGAUAAAUCUACCAAUAUUAUAACUUUAUUGAUGUUUCACUUUUUAAGUCUUCGUCUGUUCCUAUUCCAAGUCUUGCACAUAAUUUCUACGUUCAGAUUCCAUAUACAGUCCAUCAUUCCCAAUGACAGUGCUUCUGCUAAGAAACUAGCAAACUCCAUUAUUGGUCAUGGAAAAUCCUCAUAAUUGUAGAACCCUCCAUAUCCUUUUGUUUUCUCAGCUUGUUCUUCUCCUUCAGUUCUCAUCCCUUCACUUUCUCUCUUUAGCUUAUGAAGUCCAAGAAAAGUAUUUCGUCAAUUGUGGAUCAGAUGCUACUGUGGACCUCAAUGGUCGGAAUUUCACUGGGGAUUUGAAGCCUGAUUCCUUCUCUUUCUCAAAGGAAAGUGAGACUAUCAAAGGCACCAACCUUACGAUAUCAAGUCUCUACCAGACAGCAAGAGUUUUCAGUCAACAAUCCUACUACAAUUUCGAAAUCACUGAAACCGGUACUUAUCUGGUACGCCUGCACUUCUUUCCCUUUUCUUCGGCCUCAAGUAAUCUUUCUACUGGAAUUUUUAAUGUUUCGGAUUCCAAGUUCACUCUGUUGAACAAUUUCACUGCCAAGAUCAAUAGUACUAGCAACUCUGCUAUAAUAAAGGAAUUCUUUCUUGGAAUUAAUAGUACUAGCAACUCAUUUAAACUAUAUUUUACACCUCAAGCAUCAUCUUUUGCUUUUGUAAACGCCAUUGAAGUCUUCCUUGCACCUUCAAAUUUCACCCCUGAGAAUCACAACAGUAAUCUUCCUUUACACACAACUUACCGAGUGAAUGUUGGAGGCACAGAGCUCUCACCAGAUAAUGACACAAUAUGGAGAAACUGGGAAACGGAUGAUAUCUAUCUGUCUGAUCCAAACUCUGCGAAGGAUGUCCCUUACAAACAAGUGCUUAAUCACGAAAUUAAGGAUCAAGCUGAUGAUUUUGUUGCAUCUACUAAUUUUAUUGCCCCGGAUUUGGUUUACCAGACAGCUAAGGAGAUGAAUAGUACUACUAGCAGGCCAGCCAAUUCCUCCAACAUAACAUGGUCUUUUAGUGUGAGCAGGAACGCUAGGCACAUUGUCCGUGUACACUUCUGUGACAUUGUUUCUGAGUCCUUUUAUACUAUAGUGUUUGACUUGUAUUCGAAUGGCAACUUCCGUAAGCAGAUCGUUGGACGGGAGUCCCGUUUUGCUCUUGUGUUGGCUACUCCUUUCUACUAUGAUUUUGUGGUGAAUGCUAGUGAGUCUAAACUCAUUAACAUCAGUAUAGCCCCUAACAUGAAGAAUACAACAAUUCCAAAUGCCUUUCUGAAUGGGUUGGAAAUAUUGGAGAUAUUGGAGGGAACAGCUCUAAUUUAUAAUUUGGAAGAGUCCAAGAAGGUAAAUGUGGCUCUUGUGGUUGGUUCAGUUCUUGGAGGAGGCCUGUUUCUUUUCAUCAUUGGAUUCAUGUUGUGUUUGAGACACAGAAAGGCGAAAAAGAGAAACAGAGGUGGGAUUUCCCACAACCUUGGGUUGAAGAUAUCUUUUGCUCAAAUCCGGUCUGCAACAAAAAACUUUGAUCCGAAAAUGCAGAUAGGUGUGGGUGGUUUUGGGCAUGUUUAUAAAGGAACUCUCUCUAAUGGCACCAAAGUGGCUGUGAAGCGUUGUAAGCAAGAGGGCCAAAGGUCAGGCCAAGGCCUUCCAGAAUUUGAAACAGAAAUCAUAGUGUUGUCGAAAAUCCGCCACCGCCAUCUUGUCUCCUUAAUUGGUUACUGUGAUGAAGGGUCUGAGAUGAUACUAGUGUAUGAGUUCAUGGAAAAAGGGACCUUGAGAGAUCAUUUGUAUGAAUCGGAUGUGCCUCGCUUGUCGUGGAAGCAAAGACUUGAAAUUUGCAUAGGUUCAGCAACUGGACUUGAUUAUCUCCAUAAAGGUGCAGAAGGGGGCAUCAUCCACCGUGAUGUGAAGUCCACCAACAUAUUGCUUGAUGAGAACCUUGUUGCUAAAGUCGCUGACUUCGGGCUUUCGAGGUCUGGCCCUCUUGAUGAAACUCAUGUCAGCACGGUUGUGAAAGGCACUAUCGGUUACCUUGAUCCCGAGUACAUGAUGUCACAGCAGUUGACAGAGAAGUCUGAUGUGUACUCAUUUGGUGUAGUUCUUCUUGAGGUGUUAUGUGGAAGACCUGCUAUUGAUAUAACGCUUCCAAGAGAGAAAGUGAACUUAGCUGAAUGGGUUGUGCUGUGCAAGAAACAAGGGUUGCUAGAAGAGGUCAUUGACGUUUCAUUGAAGGGUCAUAUUGAUCCUAGCUCACUGAGACAUUUUAUUGAGACUGCAGAGAAGUGUUUGCAACACGAUUCUUCUGAUAGGCCCACUAUGGCUGAGGUGCUGUGGGAUAUGGACUAUACAUUGAAGCUUCAUCAAACUGCGAGGCUUGGAGAAGCCCAUGAGGACAGCACUACCACUGCUUCAUCAGCUUUUUUACUACCAAAUAUUCGGCAUUUUGCUUCACUUGGUUCGACAGUUAACAGAGCUGAUAUGAGGGACGAUGAGAUGGAGUCCACAGAAAGCGAAAUUUUCUCCCAACUGAGAAUCGGCGAGGCCAGAUAAAUUUGUUCAGUUUGUGACUUGUGAGGUAAGUUGACCUUUGUUUCGAGUUUCAUUGUGAGUGGUUGGUGUUAUUCCUAUGUUUGAUUGUAUUAGCAAUUUUACAACUGCUUUAGUAUUAGAGGAGCAUAAGUCGAAGUUACAUAUUCUAUGAAAGCUAAACUGCUUCAGACAUUUGCUUUGGCCUGUAUGAUUAUCUCUUUCAAAA